AUGUCGGUCUCUGAGGCUAAUAUGUCUAAGCAGGAAGACUCUUUAGGCCUGAGGGAAGAAAUGCAUCUGGGGUCGAUUGUAAGUAAACACGCCACUUCAGAGGCUACUGGGGGCAGAGAGGACACACUCGCAUCUGCCAAGGAAACUAACACCACAUUCUUUGGACAGGCCAGCCCCACUGCUCACUCCACCCCUGUUAGAAACGAGAGGCCCAAGCAAGCUGUUCCACAGCAAAUGCAAAACACUACAGCUGCUGUCCAGCAACAGGUGAUGUUUUCAGCAGACAGUCUGCAGCAGCUGCUACUACAACAGCAGAUGAUGCAGACUCAGUUGCUGGGUCUCGGGGGUGUUGUGGAUGCAGGGUUGCUGCAGAGGCUCAAAGACAAAGAGCAGCAACCUGGAGAUUAUCAGGCUUUACAGGCUCGCAUCAUCCAGCUGGAGGGGCAGGUGAAGACCCUGCAGCUUGAGCGAGACCAGAGCCAGAUGUUGCUAGAGAGUGUCCAGCAGCGGCAUAAACAGGAUUUGGAACUCGUGGAAAACAUGCACAUGAGUCGUGUCAAGCUGCUCGAGGAAUCAGCAACCCAGAGGGAGACACGAGCGAGACAGGAGUGUGAAGACCUAAUGGAACGCCUGGCCUCAGUAACACGAUCGGCCGAGCAGGAAUUUUCAGAGCUGCAGGCUCAGUACCAGCGCAAACUGGCCCAGGCCCAGCAGGACAGAGGUCGUGAGGUGGAGCGACUCAGGGAUCUCCAGAGAAAAUCUAUCCUGGAGAUGAAGAAAGACUAUGAGGACCAGAUCCAAAGACUGAAAUUUUUGUAAUAUCUACCCUUGUCCAGGUCACUUGCGGUGGUGAUUGAGCAGAUGGAGCAGUUCUCCUCUCGGCUGGGAGAGCUUUCCUCUCGGGUGGAGAGCACACAUGAACACACAGCCCACAGCCUGGAGCAGGGGGCACGGCACCGAGACGAGCAGCUUCGAACAUUGCAGAAUCGUCUGGCUGAGGAGCAGAAAGCCACGGCGAAGGAGAGAGCGUACCUCAAGGAAAUCAUAUCCAGGAUGGACACUCAGCUCAAUGAGCAGCAGAGACAGCUUGAGAAGGAGCGUUGGAAGAUGACAGCGGAGCAGGCCAAAGCAGAGUCAACCCAAAGAGGCCUAGAGGAAGAGCGACGCUCCCUUAGCAUGCAACUCAAUAUGGAGAGAGAGGAGCUGGAAAAAGCAAAGAGCGCAUUACUGGAGGAGCAGAAGUCAGUGAUGCAGCACUGUGCGGAGGAGAGGAGGAAGCUGGCGGCUGAGUGGGCCCACUUCCACACACAGGAGAAGCAGAGGCGUGAGAGGGCUGAACGGGAGGUCAGCAGUCUCCUGGAGAAGAGAGAGGGCUCCAUCAUGAGUCUGGCACAAGAACAAGCUGACCUAAAGUUUCGUACUGCAGAGCUAAAACAGAAGGAGAUGGCUGUGGCACAGGAGCGAGAAACUUUGGAGAGACUAAGAGAAGAACUAGACAGAGAGAAAGAGAAAAUAAGCAGCACUGCCCUGAGACUCAAAGCACGAGCCCAGGAGGUGGAGGCGUUCAGCAAGCUUGCUGCAGAGAAGUUUGACGAAGGAGAACGAGCGUUGCGGGAGGGAAAGCGUGUGGAAGCUGAGCAUGAGGCACGGCUCAGAAACAUCCAUAUCCAAACUGAGCGGCUGAGGCAGCAAGAACAACGAAUCCUCCAGGAUCGAAAAGGAUUAAAUCUGCAGAAGGAGACAGAAAGGCUGAAACAGGAAACUCCUGCUAUAGGUUUACCACAAAGUAUUCCACCCAUUUUACCAGACUUGAGCUCAGCGAUGCUGAACCCUGAGCUGGCAUCAACCCUGAAUAUUCCCCCUCCUACUUCAUUUGCCAGCUCUGAGUCCAUGGCGCUGCAGGCCAGUCUGGCACUGUGGAGGUACACUGCAGAAAAGGACCGCGAAUUCCUCCUAGAAGAGCAGAUCUUUCUAGAAAACCUGAAGAAGAAAUCUUACAGAUCAUCCUACAUCACAGACUGACCAAUGUGUUCUGGGCGUUCCCAGUAAAAUUCAGGUUACUGUCAAUAUACUUAAUACCUCAAUGUGCCUAUAUGACUUUUAUACACAAUCUUAGUUUUAUUAAACGUUUUAGAUCAAACAUGAUUCUUAAUUUGCAUAUAAACCAAUCUACUGCAUUUGAUAUUUUCCUGUGGCAUCAAGGCUUCUGGAUCAGUCCCAAACUGGGGUCGUGGUCAUUUCCCUGCUGACUUC